CAACGCGCCACUCGGCCAGCCCAAGCAGUGUAUUUAUGAUAGGUGAAUUUUUCUGUGUGUAUGUUAUAUUUCAAUAAAAAGUUUACAAAAGGGAACUGCUCUAGUUGAAGCCCUGGGAGAGGCCCUCCAGGAGAGGCAGGCCUAAGAACCCAUCCACAGCUCUGUCCUCACCUAGCACACAGUCUCUGAGGGAUUUCCAAGGGAACCUGAAGUUCCUUAGAGCACAGCUUAAAAUCUUUGAUCUGUCCUAACAGAGAGUCAGUGACUUAUUGAGACCCCACAGCUAGCACCAAAACCCAAGUCUCCUGACUCCCAGGCCAGAGCUCUGGACACUAUUCCUUUGCUGAAGGGCCAAUGCCAUGAGUGAGGACAGGGGGCAGCUUGUCAGCCUCCUAUCCCCUCCCCACUCCCUUACUUGGGCCUUGGGAAAAGGGCCAAGACUCUGGUGUGGAUGAUGCUUUUCUUAUCCUGCAGCAACUUCCUUUCUGGGAACUGGGUGUCUCCUUCUGGGCAAAGACAAUAAAAUUCAUCCAAGGGGCCAGAGGAGCAGGGCCCCUCCUGCCACCACCCAGAUGGGCAUCACGUGGCUCCAGGGUUAGCAGUCCAGGAAAAUCCCAGCCCUUUCACACUCGACCUCCCAUACCCAUCUACUUGCCCACCCUGACACACUCAGCCUCAACACACCUUGAACAUUCACUAUCACACACACACACACACACACACACACACACACACACACACACACUUUCUGGCACACUUCUUUCAGCUUCUGCCACCUCUUCCUCAGCCAUAUCGCCAGCCUUCCCCUAAUUCCAGAGCUGAAGCCUUCUGUCACUCACCCCAAACACACCAUGUCCCUGGGGCCACUGAAAUUCCAGGCAGUGGGUGAAGAAGAUGAGGAGGAUGAAGAGGAAGAGAGCCUAGACUCUGUGAAGGCAUUGACGGCCAAGCUGCAGCUGCAGACACGGCGGCCCUCCUAUCUGGAGUGGACAGCCCGGGUCCACAGCCAGGCCUGGCGCAGGGCCCAAGCCAGAUCUGGACCAGGGGGACCUGGGGCCAUCUGCGGCUUUGACUCAAUGGAUUCUGCCCUUGAGUGGCUCCGACAAGAGCUGCAGGAGAUGCAGGCUCAGGACCAGCAGCUGGCUGGGCAGCUGCUUCGCCUGCGGGCCCAGCUGCACCGGCUGAAGGUGGACCAAGCCUGUCACCUGCACCAAGAGCUGCUGGAUGAGGCCCAGCUGGAGCUGGAGCUAGAGCCAGGGGCCAGCCUGGCCCUGGCCCCGCCACUGCGGCACCUCGGCCUCACACGCAUGAAUAUCAGUGCUCGGCGCUUCACCCUCUGCUGAGGGCCACCUGCGUGCCUCCUGGGCCACCCACUACCUCUUCCCCAGCCCGCUGGGAAAGGGGGAAGCCAGGGGUGCCCCAGAAGCACCAGCACCUGGCGAUGGUGGGGGUUGGUGGGUAC